GGCGGCUUAAGCGCCGCCGCGCUCCGAGGAAUGUCAACUAUUCAACAUGGAGGCGGAGGUCGGGAAGCUGGAACUGAUGUUCCAGAAAGCUGAUUCUGAUCUGGAUUACAUUCAGUACAGGCUGGAAUAUGAAAUCAAGACUAAUCAUCCUGAUUCUUCAGGCAAGAAAAAUCCAGUUACACUCUUAAAGGAAUUGUCAGCAAUAAAGUCUCGAUAUAAAACUUUGCAUGCACGCUUAUCAACAGUUGCAGUUGAGCAGAAAGAGACCAAGAGUCGCAUUUGUGCUACUUUGAAUAAAACUAUGGCCAUCAUACAAGAACUACAAAAACAAUCAGAGUUGGAGUUGUCACCACUGACUGAAGAAGAGAAAGCCGCAGCAGAACACUUAAAAUCUUCCAUGUCAGAUUUACGAAGAAACUGACUUAUAAAAGAAGAUUCUAAUGGAAAGAGAUCAAUUCCAAUGCUGUCGUGUUAGCAUCUUUUUAGAGGUGGAAGGAUUAUGAGGACUGGGCUCCUGUGACAUGAAAAUGAUGCCCUUACAACCGAGGGAAUAAUAAGGACAUAAACCAUGCUUAGCGAAAAAAACGGGAUAGGAAUAAAGGAAUUAAAAACAUCGUGUUUGGGGCCGGAGCUAUAACACAGUGGUAGGCGUUUGUCUUGCAUGUGGGCUGAUCCAGGAUGACCUGGGUUCGGUCUCUGGC